AUGAACAAUAAACAAGCAGCAUGUCUCAACUGCCGCAAAAGCAAGAUCAAGUGUCGCCGCGAUGAGGGGGCGGCCAUCUGUGAGAGAUGUGGAAAUGUGGGUGUCGAGUGUGUGAUUCCCGAGUUCCACAUUGGGCGGCAGAAGGGCGUGAAGAACAAACGCUCGGGUCUCGAGAAGGCCAUAUAUCAAGUGGAAGAAGCCAUCAAGAAACGGAGAUUGGACGACGCGGCGAGUCAAAGCACCCUCGAUCAUCUCCAGAAGCUCCUUCGUGAAGAUCAGGGACAAGAAGGUAUACACAGCACAUCCUCCGCGUCGUCUUUCGAUGAUAGUCCCCCCAAAAGUAAUGACUUCGCGACACCAUUCAGCCAUGUUCACAACCCUACUGAAAGAGAUGCCGUUGGACCGGUGCACGAUGAGCAACUUGCACUCGAGGGUGUUGAGAAUCCUCUCCAACUUCUCGCCCGCGCGUCGGACCUUCGGAUGGCAUCUCCACAGUCUUUCGAAAACAGCGCUUCGACACCUGGUCAGGAUGGAAGUGUCCAGAGUGAAUAUCUCGACGUUCAUGGAUUCUUCCUACCGAUGAAAGCAAAACUGGAUCAAGGUCCCGGUAUGGAUCCUAUUGAUAUCGGGUUGGUAACUUUAGAAGAGGCGAAGAUGUUGUUAGCCUAUUUCCACACCAAUCUGGCACAUACCCGUUGGGGACUGGAUCCCCUCGUGCACACACUACCUUUUGUCCGUAGCCGUUCGUCCUUCUUGUUCACUACUCUCCUAGCAGUAACAACAGUCUUUGUUCCUGGUGCUGCUUCGCUGUCGAAGAGGCUGCUCCUGCACCGUAGAUUCCUGACCGAGCAAAUCCUCCUUCAGAGAUGCAGAUCUGUUGAGAUCGUAUUGGCUUUUAUGAUCAGUAUUCCGUGGAUGCCCGCGGGUACACAUGCAAGCGAGGACGACACAUGCACAUACCUUACGGCCGCAUUGUCUAGAGCGAUGGAUCUUUCGCUGCACAAAAUCAUAACGCCGUCCUCGUCUUUCCGCCUGGAUGUGAUGAGACCACUGCCACAGGCUGAUUGUAUUGACGCAAAGAAAGCCUUGACCAUGGACGGUUUCGAAGAUGUCGAUGUGGACUCCGAAUGGGGUCAAAGACUGCUUCGCAGGAGGGAAAGAGUCUGGAUCUCGUUGUUCGUCCUAGAGCGCGGCGUAUGCCUAGCUCGAGGACGAAGUUACUGUGUUCCGAAAUCUUCGUUGAUUCAGCGCUGUGACGAAUGGCAUCACCACCAAUACUCCGAUGUCCAAGAUGGCCCGCUCAUAUCGAUGGCAGUCCUCCGGAGAGAUCUCGACGAUCUGUUCUCCACCGUUCGAUUGCGAUGUGACAGCCACCACCCCGCCGAUGUGGGUGAAAAGGUGGCUCAGGAUAUUGAUAGUGCGAUUGACAGCUUCUUCAAAUCAUGGUUUCAAACAUGGACGUCAGUCAUUGGCGACCGUGAACACAAGACACUACCACCCUACGUCGAGACUCUCGUCAUCCACACUCGGCUCUCCGCAUAUUGCAUGCUUCUUAAUCACCCAAGCGCACCGCCAGAGGUGAAGCGCUCGUUCCGAGCGUCAGCUCUGUCCUCCGCGCUGAACGUGAUGCGAGUCACUAUUCAGGGCGAAUCUCGCUUGAAGUCGAUGCCAAACAACACAGUCACUAUGAUCUGCUUUGCAGCGAGUAUUGCCUUGGCCUUGAGUACUCCAGUGCCCGGCAAAAGCGGUCAUCGAAAUCUGGCGCCCAGCGUCCGCAACCUAAUUGAGGAAACGGCCACGGUUCUGGAACGCAUAGGUAGUACACCAAGUCACCGAGAUGGCGCCUCUGUCAUCUAUGGCCGGUUCUUGCGUGUAUUGAUCAAACAGGCGCCUAACCUCGGUCGCCCUCACCAAGUUGAUGGUCCGGGUCUCCCACAGGCGCUACCGCGACAGUUGGAACACUACCCACCAUCUCCAUUGGCAGGGUCUGAGCGUAACUUCAACCUACAAGGAAGAUCUGCGUUGGAUUGGACAGAACCACUGCUGUUCUCUGCCAUGUCCUACAACGAAGUGAACGAGACUGUCACGAACUCGGACUUUUUCACGACUGCCCUGCUGGGCUUGCCGUGGGAGGAUGAUACUCCACUCUUGUGGGCAGACGGCAUGAACUUGCCAGACUUCAACUUCCCUUGA